AGGGCCGUCUCGGCGGCUGUGUGUGGGGUGGAUUGAGAAUCCUUUCUGGUUUAACACUCGUUCCCGCAGGCAUUUAGGCGCCGACGACUUAACCUUCACGGUGCUGCGGUCGGCGAAUGUCGGGUCGUGUUAGAAACUUGUCCCUGCCCGCCGGGAGGUGCGCGGCCGGACCGUGUUUGCACGUACACUGACAGAGGAACAUGCAUAUAGAACUUAAUCAUUACAAAUGAAAGUUGAGAAGCCCUGCAUCUAAACCAACUGAGUUUAAGAGUGAAAACCACAGGAGAAAACGGAAAGGGAGAAAGAAAAGGACAGCACUUUUUUCUCUUUACUGUCAUGAAGCCACAUGGGAACGAUGCCUCUGGAGGUGGUGGUGGAACUGCAGAUCCGGGCGGUUUCUUGCCCAGGAGUGUUCCUGCCUGACAAGCAGGAUGUUUUCCUCGGGAUCUACCUCUUGAAUCAGUACCUGGAGACGGACUGCUUUCCAUCUGUGUUCCCUAUUGUGAUUCAGCGGUGCAUGAGAUUUGAAAAGGUAUUUGAAAAUGCAGUAGAUCCUGGAGCAGUUGCAGACCUUUUGGAAAGCUUCCUAACCAGGUUUGAAUUAAUUCAACUAGUGCCUCCAGUGUGGGAAGAGUUGGCUUACUACGAAAAAAACACACGGGAUUUUCUUUUCCCUGAGCCCAAGCUGACGCCCCCGCACCCUGGGAUGUAUCGGGAGGUGCUCAUGAAGACAGCCAUAGGUUUUCCAGGCAUUGCUCCCAAACUAGAGUUUGCUACAAGGACAGCCAUCCGAGAAUGUGUGUUUCUACAUAGAAACAGAUUUCUGGAAGAAAGAUAUAAGUCACAAAGGCCUUUAUCGACAUCACAUAGACCAACAUUCCCCUUAAAUAAUACCAAGAUGAUGCUAAAGGAGAAUAAUCUGGACAGGAUGCCCACAGGCGUGUUCUCCCGGGUCACCUCUCCAUAUUCCAUGCGACGCUGCUUCCUGGACCAGCCGGCUCAGUUCACUCUUGGAAAUAACUUUAAAAUCUCAGCAGGAAGCAAGCCUCCAUUUGUGGUUAGACAUGUGGACAGUGCAAAACCCUUUGGUGAGAAUAAUUCAGAGCAUUAUUCACGGAAAUCUAGAAGAAAAGCUGAGUUUUCAAAUUUUCCAUUUCCAAUGAGAAGAGCUUCUUCUCUUGACAGCCUUGCAGCUAACGUAAAGGUUAUCAAAGAGCCAGAUGAACGGAUUAUUUUAAGGAGAAGAUCACCAUCACCUUUAGACUCCAGUAAGUUUGGAAAGCGCUCACCCAGGAACCAAGGGGAUAACGACUGCUACCGGGAGUCAUUCCAGCAUUCCAGAACUCCCAGCCCCCAGGAUCAGCUCCUUUUCCGAGAAAGAUUUCGUCCUUGUUCUCAGCCCACAUGGAAGAAGAUCCAUGAAAGGGUGUGUCGUCUUCUGACAUCCCACAGAGCCCAGCAGCACCCAGACAUGGAAGAUUCUGCCCCUGAAAUAAAUUAUAUCCUUGAAAGACCAAGCUGUCCUCUGGAGAAAUACCCACAACAUGAACAAAGAUAUUUUUAAGCCGCUGUCUUGU